UCACAUACACGCUCUCCUCCCUCGCCACUUUCUCCAGCCAAGAAGCCAGCUUUGCCUCCCCAGCUUUACUCUACAAGCAUGUCCUCAGACGUGCAGCCGUGUGAUGAAGCGGACCAACUAACUUCCAGAGAGCACCGGACGAAGGAAACCCGCUGCACGAGUAGCAGAAAAGCCUGAGAGCAGGGUCAUCCCAAGCUGACCCCAUCCGGAGACUUCUUCCUGGGCUGAACACAAUGGUGACUGUUUGACAGUGAAAGUGGAGGUUUACUGUAUAGUAGCUCAGCUGGAGUUCCUCACCCCUUCAUGACAUGCAGUGAGCCGAUGCCACCAGCAGACAGAUCUAAUUCCUCCAUGAUGUGGGAUUGGAAGAUUGGAAGACAGAAGACAUGGAGAGACGGAGAGAUGGUUUUCCCUCCCUGCCUUCUGACCUCUCACACACAGGUGCAAAGGCGAUUCAACGCCUGAACUCCAACUGAAUAGAAGAACAUCCCCAAGACCAGAUGCAAUGGAGAUGUUCAAUUUCACCAACUUCACCUACUGGAAUGCCUCAGAAGGCACUGACGCAGGGCCUGUCAUUGAACCCGAAAGCCCAUACAAGACUGUGGAGGUGGUGUUCAUCGUAUUGGUGGCUGGGUCCCUCAGCCUGGUCACCGUUAUUGGAAAUAUCCUGGUCAUGCUUUCCAUUAAGGUCAAUAGGAACCUACAGACGGUCAACAACUACUUUUUAUUCAGCCUUGCAUGUGCUGACCUAAUCAUCGGGCUGUGUUCCAUGAACCUGUACACAGUAUACAUAGUGAUUGGCUACUGGCCCUUAGGGCCUGUGGUGUGUGAUCUGUGGCUAGCKUUGGACUAUGUAGUGAGUAACGCAUCUGUCAUGAACCUACUCAUCAUCAGUUUUGACAGAUACUUCUGUGUCACAAAGCCCCUCAGCUACCCUGUCAAAAGGACCACCAAGAUGGCAGGGAUGAUGAUUGCUGCUGCCUGGGUCCUGUCCUUCAUUCUGUGGGCCCCGGCCAUCCUAUUCUGGCAGUUCAUCGUGGGCGGGCGGACAGUGCCUGAGAGGGAGUGUUACAUUCAGUUCUUCUCUAAUGCAGCAGUCACCUUCGGCACGGCCAUCGCAGCKUUCUACCUGCCCGUUAUCAUCAUGGUCAUUCUCUACAUACAGAURUCUAUAGCCAGUAAAAGCCGGGUYAAGAAYGAGACCAGGAAGCCGUCAGGGCCCAACCRAGAGGCCCUGUCCCARGAGCAGGCAAGGMGCAGUAAUWCUGCCAAGCCCAUCAACAACAACSUGACAGCAGAGGACACAGAGCAGGGCASGARCSAAGCCAKAGAUGACGUGGCCAACCAGCACGAKGGUAAACUGCAGAACGGCAAGGGCCCAUCCACCACGGGUGGAGAGGGGGAGAUGGAGGGUGWGGACYGGGGUAGGGAGAACUGUGCCCACGGAGAGGAGAAAGAGAGCUCCAACGACUCGACAUCUGGCAGUGCAGCUGCGUCCAACCACAAAGAAGAAGAAGCYGUGCCAUCCAGAGCAAACUGCAACACCGAGCUCGUUCAGCAGCCAACCCGCCACCGGGCCAAGGCAGGCGGCUCCAAACUCACCUGCAUCAAGAUUAAGACCAYMUCUCRCAAGGGGGACUGCUACACGCCCUCCAACGCCACGGUGGAGAURGUCCKRGCCACGGAGAAGCAGAARCACGUGGCGCGGAAAAUCGUGAAGAUGACCAAGCAGCCYCCCAAGAAGAAGAAAGCYCCACCGUCUCGGGAGAAGAAGGUGACCCGUACCAUCAUGGCCAUCCUGGUGGCCUUUGUGGCSACCUGGACKCCUUACAAUGUCAUGGUGCUCAUCAACACCUUCUGCUCCAGCUGCAUCCCCAGCACGGUCUGGACUAUCGGCUACUGGCUGUGCUACAUCAACAGCACCAUCAACCCCGCCUGCUAUGCCCUCUGCAAUGRCACUUUCAAAAAGACAUUCAAACAUCUCCUCCUCUGCCAGUACAAAAACAUUAGGUCAGCUAGAUGAAUAUGGAUGGGAGUGUGCGUGUGUGCAUGUGUGUGCGUGCGUGAGUGUGUGCGAGAGAGAGAGAGGUUUAUGAUGUGGUCCCUUUCCUUUGUUUUUACUCUACGGCUCAUAAGAAAACAUGUAUCCUGCAGCCAUGUUGGGUUUGGCUCUGAUGAAUGAGAUUUGUGAUGCAACUGUUGAGACAUAAGACUUACAAAGAAGAGCACAGCCAGGAGAACAAAUACAUCGAACAUGAAAAGGUCAGUUGGAUAGAGAGCUCUGCACUGCACAAGACGAAUUCUAAGGGAAAAUAGGGCUGACUGAAUUCACAAACUUCCCGUUUGAAAUUCAGUGUAAAAAAAAAAAAAACUCUAUAUAUCAAUGUAUACGCAAAAUGUAAAUGUGUGUGUGUGUGUGUGUGUGUGCAUCUGUCUGAGCGUGACAGAAUGAUCCAUCACACAGUUUCAGUGGAGAUGUCCGCCAGUGAAGACAGCACAAGGACAUACAGUACAUACUACAAACUGUUAUCUGUAUGCUGGUGGCUCUCUGUGUUGGC